CGCAAAACUAUGGCCAUCGGUUCGCCAACAGUUGCAACUUCUCGUCCCCAGACAAGGCCUUCGACCAACUUUUCCAUCGAUGCCAUUAUGGGCCGUACGGCUGCGGUCAACACUACCGCCGCCACAAACGAUAAUAGUGACCAUCGGCGGCGGCCAUCACCUCAAUUGGCUACCACUGCCGAGGGCUGUGCGGUGUUGUCGUCGUCGCCAAACAAUAUCAGUCCUAAACUAUUAAAUAGAGCAUCUCAACAACAAUUGUCACCAAUAAAUGAUGAGUUAUUAUCGCCGACGACAACAAUAAUAAAAUCCGAGUAUAAUAUAGGAAACUAUCCGCGGGUUGACUCCAAUUCACCGCCGCUAUCGCCCGGUUCUGAAUACGGAAGCGGCGGCGGCGGCAAUGAGGUGGUCAACCAUCAUCAUCAUCAUCAUCAUCAUAACCAUCAGACUAUACUCCAUAGGCCUCCAUCGUCGUCAUCAUCGAUAAGUGAAAGCCGGUGCUCAAUAGCCAACUCAAUAGAUAGGCCGCAGUCGUCAAAGUCGUCGUGUAGGUCGCCAUCGCCGUCACCAUCGCAGGCAUCCGGCGACGAUAAUACCACUACCAGUAGCAGUGGUGGUGGCGGUGGUGGUGGGAAAGGUAGCUCCAAAUCCGAAAACAAUCCCUACAGUGAACUAUUGAAAGGCCGAUGCAAUUGCCCGGAACUCGACCGAGUCGAUUGCCGACUAGAAAAUAAGGACCUAUGGGACAGAUUUUUCGAGUUAGGGACCGAAAUGAUUAUCACCAAAACUGGAAGACGUAUGUUUCCGACUAUUCGGUGUUCAUUUGUCGGCAUCGAAUUGGACGCCCGCUAUGCUGUCCUCAUCGAUAUCGUACCCGUCGAUAACAAACGCUACCGCUAUGCCUAUCAUCGUAGUUCAUGGCUAGUGGCCGGCAAAGCCGAUCCGCCAUCACCGGCCCGAUUGUAUACCCAUCCCGACGCUCCCUACACUGGGGAACAACUGCGCAAACAAGUCGUAUCGUUUGAAAAAGUCAAACUAACCAACAAUGAAAUGGAUAAGAGUGGACAUAUUGUAUUGAAUUCAAUGCACAAAUAUCAGCCGCGAAUACAUUUAGUUAAACUGAGACCCGAUUAUCAUUAUAAUGGAAACAAUGUUGUCAUCGAUAAUAUAGAGACCCAACAGUUUCGGACGUUUGUAUUUCCCGAGACUGUCUUUACGGCUGUCACUGCCUAUCAAAAUCAAUUGAUAACAAAAUUAAAGAUCGAUAGCAACCCGUUUGCUAAAGGAUUUCGUGACUCGAGUCGAUUAACAGACCUGGAAAGAGAAACAAUGGAAAGCCUAAUGGGCGACAACUGUAUGUAUCCGAGGCCAGGGAUGAUGCCGGCAAUGAUUCCCUCGCCCUAUAUGUUCAACACUGACGACCACACACAGGCACUGCUAAGGGAACGGGCCUUAUAUUCAGGCCUAAUGUCUCAGUCAUCGGCAGCCGCCUCGCAGCUGAUGAGAGGUAUGGGUAUCGGUGUCGGCGGUGGUGGUGCCGGCGGUGGACAGCCAAUGAUGUGGAGACCGCCGCCAGGCAUACCCAAUAUGCCCAACGAUUUCUAUAACCUGAUCGCUGCCUCGGCUGCCGCCUAUCCGGGCCUAUACUCGUCGGCAGGCGCUUUCGGUCGCGGACCGCCACCACCGCCGCCGCACCAAUCGGCGGUAACUUUGGCCUUAACAUCGCCGCACAUGUGGCCAACAGUCACGCAAACACAGCCAACAGGUCAGCCAUCAUCAGCAGCACAACAACUACCUCUCGGUCUCACUAAUAAUAAUAAUAAUAAUAAUAGCAGUAAAAAGCCUUCCGAUAUUAAUUAA